AGAACGUACGACGGAGAGCGGGAGGAAGGGGACCGGUGAUCAACGAUGUCGAAGAGAGGUCGCGGUGGUUCGGCUGGAAACAAGUUCCGGAUGUCACUGGGUCUACCGGUGGCGGCGACAGUGAACUGCGCCGAUAACACUGGAGCUAAGAAUCUGUACAUCAUUUCGGUGAAGGGGAUCAAGGGUCGCCUUAACCGUUUGCCGUCUGCUUGCGUCGGGGACAUGGUCAUGGCGACCGUGAAGAAAGGGAAGCCCGAUCUCCGGAAAAAGGUCUUGCCCGCCGUGAUCGUACGCCAGCGCAAGCCGUGGCGCAGAAAGGAUGGUGUUUACAUGUACUUUGAAGAUAACGCUGGUGUCAUUGUAAAUCCCAAGGGAGAAAUGAAAGGUUCUGCUAUCACCGGUCCUAUUGGUAAGGAAUGCGCAGAUUUGUGGCCCAGGAUUGCAAGUGCAGCCAACGCAAUUGUUUGAGAGGGAUUUGUAGGAUCUGAACUGAAAUUAUCAGAGUUUUGUUUACCUUGAAUAGUACUCCAGAUGCCUGAGUUUGUAUUUCUGACAUUUAUGUGAAUCAUUUUAAGGAUUUUUUUUAAAUGUUUUUUUUUCUUUUCUCCGUUGAAAAGUGGGAACCACAAAAUGCCAGAUUUUACUAUAUGUUCAA